AUGAUCAGAGCCUACCUUCAAAACCAUUCCCCUGAAUCAGCACUUUCAUGCUACUCAACAAUGUUACAAAAUGGGAUUCCUGUUAAUAACUACACAUUCCCACCUUUAAUCAAAUCCUGCAUUGCACUUGUUUCUUCUUCGAAUUGGGUUUCCCGUAUUAUGAUCGGUCAUAUGGUACAUUGUCAUGUUGUUCAAUUCGGGCUAACCAAUGACCCUUAUGUCGUGAGUGCGUUUAUCGAGUUUUACACAGCAUUGCGCGAUGUGCGGACUGCCAGGGUAUUGUUUGAUAGAAUGACGAGAAAAGAUGUUGUUUUGUGGACUGCUAUGAUUGAUGGUUAUGGUAAAAUGGGGAAUGUUGAAAAUGCAAGAGAGAUGUUUGAUGAAAUGCCUGAGAGAAAUACUGUGUCAUGGAGUGCUAUGAUGGCAGCGUAUUGUCGUGUUAGUGAGUUUAAGGAAGUGUUGGCUUUGUUUGUUGAGAUGCAGAAUAAAGGUGUGAAGCCGAAUGACUCUAUACUUGUUACUGUGCUUACUGCGUGCGCGCACCUGGGUGCGCUCACGCAGGGAAUGUGGGUGCAUUCCUAUGCAAAACGUUUUGAGAGGGUAAGCUCGAAUCCCAUUUUAGCAACGGCCUUAGUUGACAUGUAUUCGAAAUGCGGAUGUGUGGAAUCGGCUUUAACUGUUUUUGAUGGUAUUUCUAAUAAGGAUGUUGGAGCUUGGAAUGCUAUGAUUUCUGGUGUUGCCUUGAAUGGUGAUGCAAGGAAAUCCUUGGAGUUGUUUCAACAAAUGAUUGUUUGUGGGAAAAACCCUAAUGAGACUACCUUUGUGGCUGUCCUUACUGCAUGUACACACGCAAAGAUGGUUCAGGAAGGUCUUCGGUUAUUUGAAGAAAUGAGUGGUACUUAUGGGGUUGAACCCUGCGCAGAACAUUACGCGUGUGUUGUGGACCUUUUGUCUAGAGCUGGAAUGGUUGAGGAGGCUGAGAGGUUUAUCGAGGAGAAGAUGGGUGGAUUUGCAGCAGGCGACGCUAAUGUGUGGGGUGCUAUACUUAACGCAUGUAGAAUUUAUAAAAAUAUUAAUGUUGGGAAUAGAGUGUGGAAAAAGCUUAUUGAUAUGGGAGUAGCUGAUUGUGGUACUCAUGUUCUUACAUACAACAUAUAUAGAGAUGCUGGGUGGGAUGCAGAGGCAAACAGAGUUAGGAGUAUGAUUUCAGAAGCAGGGAUGAAGAAGAAACCCGGAUGCAGCAUAAUAGAAGUGGGUAAUGAAGUUGAAGAGUUUCUAGCUGGUGAUCAAUCUCAUCCGCAGGCACAGGAAAUGUGCAGGUUGCUUGAUUCAAUUCUCAAGAUGGCGAAUAUAGAGCACUUCUAA